AUGGCCUCUCUACCAACAGUAAUUCUUGUUCACGGCGCCUGGCACACACCACCCAACUACCAAACCUACACCGAUGCUCUCAAAAAACAAGGAUUCAAAGUCAUAUGCCCCGCCUUGCCUUCUUGCAACAACAAAUCGCCUCCAGAGGAGUCUUUCGAAGAUGUCGCCCUAGUUCGUAGUGCCGUUCAACCAAUUAUCGAGGCUGGGGAGCGGGUGCUGAUGGUGAUGCACUCCUACGGCGGGGCUGUUGGAGCCGAUGCCAUCGAGGGGCUCAGCUUCACGGAGCGUAAAGCUGCAGGACACCCCGGGGGAGUGGUUCAUUUGAUGUACAUGUGUGCCUACAUCUUGCCAUCUGGAAGUACUAUAUGGGGGAUCGUGAAGGAAGCUGGAAUUACUCACCUUUGGACUCAAUUUGUGAAGAACUUCCCCGACGGCUCUACCUUCCCACAAAAUCCGGCACAAAUGUUCCUGGGCGGCGUAGACCAGGAAAUUGUGGACAAGGCACUUCCACACUUGGUGCGUUCUCCAAUGUCUGCUUUUGAGACAGAGACCAAGGGAAGCUCGUGGAAAACGGUGCCUGUGACUUAUAUUUUGACGCAGCAGGAUGCGUCUGUAUCACGGGUCUAUCAAGAGAUUAUGCUUGAGAAAGUGAAGAAGGCUGGGGUAGUGAUCAAAACUGAGGAUUAUGGUACGAGUCACAGUAUUUUUAUUACAAAGCAAGAUGAGAUGGUGCAAGCAGUUGUGAGGGCAGCAGAGGAUAAAAGGAAUGCUCAGUAG